AUGGGCCGUUCAGCCACUUACAUUUGGACAUUGUUCCUGCUGCUGCAAGCGCUUACAGAUUUGGCACAAUGUUGCCCGCGGCCAUGCGCCUGUCCUCAACCCAGAGAAGUGCACUGCACCUUCCGCUCUUUGCUCACUGUGCCCGCUGGCGUGCCCAAACAAGUGGAGCGCAUGAACCUGGGGUUCAACUCUAUAAACCGAAUAACUGACAUCUCUUUCGCUGGUAUGCGAAAACUAGAGCUCCUCAUGAUGCAUGGAAACGAUGUUCAUAAGAUUCCUAAUGGGACAUUCCGAGAUCUGAUAUCCCUACAGAUGAUGAAGAUGAGCUACAACAAGCUAAGGGUAAUUAGCAGACAAACCUUCCAGGGUCUCUGGAACCUAGCCAGGCUGCACCUGGACCAUAACCGGCUGGAGUUCAUCCACCCAGAUGCUUUCCAAGGCCUCACUUCCCUUCGUCUUCUGCAACUAGAAGGCAAUCGGCUCCAGCAACUCCAUCCAGCCACCUUUGCAACUCUCUCUGUAUUGGGUUACUUCCCUGUGUCCACCCUCAAGAAUCUGUAUCUGUCAGAAAAUGAGUUGACCACACUGCCACAGAGGAUGUUAGCUGGCAUGCCGCAUUUGGAGAACCUCUUCCUGCAUGACAACCCCUGGAUCUGUGACUGCAGAAUGAAAUGGUUCAAAGAUUGGAGCAUAAGUGCAGCAGGUGUUCUCAAGUGCAAGAAAGACAGAGCCUUUGCUGGAGGCCAGCUGUGCCCUGUGUGUUCUUCUCCCAAACAUCUAAAGAAAAAAGACCUUCUGGAGUUAGACAAUCCAACCUGUAGCAGUCCCAUCAUCAGCACCCCUCACAGAACCUCUGCUUCCGACACAGAGAGUGAGCUCAUGACCUUACAAGAAUUUCGACAGCCUCUCGGGAACAUUUCACUAGAGCUGUCAGACGAACAUGGAAACAAAGUUGAUCUCCACUGCCAGGUCAACGAACCCACAGAAUCGACCAGAAUCAACUGGGACCAUGUUAACCCCUAUCAGAUUAUUGCAAACGUUUCACUGAGGUUGGAUCUGGAGUGCCCAAUUGACAGGACCAACUAUGAGAAACUUUGGAGACUCAUUGCCUAUUACAGUGAUGUACCUGCCCAUCUGCAAAGGGAGAUCAUGCUAAGUAAAGAUCAUGCUAGUUACAGAUAUCGACAGGAUGCGGAAAGGGAUGCUCUCUACUACACUGGGGUGAAAGUCAAUAUUGAGGCAGAACCUGCAUGGGUAAUGCAACCAUCACUGGACCUACAGCUAAACAGACCCCAAUCCACAAGCAAAAGGGUUAGACUUGUCCUCAGCACCCAUAUGACCCAGUUGGUAGAGGCAGAGGCAGUGAGGCAGCAAAGGAGAAGAUGGAUCAUAAUAGAGUCUAGAAACAACACCAGAACAUCUCAGGCUACUGUUGUGGGCAGCCCUAUUCAGAUGCAUUGCAAUGUGCGUAGCUCAGGGAACCCACUUAUCAAAUGGAUGCUUCCCAAUGGCUCCAAGGUGGAGGGCCCAUACCAAAGCAGUGAUAAAAGAAUCACAGUGACUCACUCUGGUUUGUUGGACAUAAAAGCAGUGGAUCACUCAGACUCAGGAGUAUAUUACUGUAUAGCAUUAGUCAUAGAUGAUAUUAGUAUCCUCCCCUUUCAUCUGACAGUGGAGGAGUCUUCUAGUCCACCACCUGGAGGCGAGGGGGUAGCGAAGCCUGUGACAAGAGCUGCUGGUGGGCCUGUCUCCCUUCCCUGUUUGGCCUCAGGUUCUCCUGAUCCAGAUAUAAACUGGAUCCUUCCUGAUAACAGCAUUAUAAACACAAUGUCAAACUCGUCCAAGAUGUUUCUGGCCUCAAAUGGAACUUUAACCAUCCGUCAUAGCCAGCUGUCCGACAACGGUUAUUACAAAUGUGUAGCAGGAAAUCAACAUGGUGCUGACUCAUUAGCCACAAAGUUAACUCUAACAAGGCCUGCUGGAGGGGUGCAUAUAAGAAAAUAUUCCAGUAGUCCUCAGCCUGCAGAAGGAGUCUCCACCAAAAUAAAAGCCCCCAUAGACAAUGAUGUGGAGGCAUCUGGGGACAAUGAAAAUGGAAAGCCUGAAGAAAAAGCUACUCCUGGGCAAGUGGAUACUCCUAUUAGAAGGAAGAUCCCAAACGUCAGUGUACGGGGUGGACAUCCAUCUAGAAAAUCUUGGAGACGGCCUACUAUACCCAGAAGACGAAUCAUGCCUCCUGGAGCUGAGAGAAGUAACACAGUAGAAAGGAGAAAAGUCAAUGUGUCAAACAGUCAGAUAGAUCCAAAGCGUUGGGCUAAUAUUCUGGCAAAGGUCCGUGGAGGUGGCAGCAGCCCAAAAACUACUACUCCAAUUUCCGUUCAGACAAGCACAAAUAUAUUACAGGAACUUGACACUGCCAGCAUAAAGAAAUUAGGGUCUUUUGACAGGCCUGAAGGAUCAUCACCAGAUGGUACUACCAUCCCACCUCCACAAGAAAUAUAUAAAGUCACAGGGUCAGGAAUGCCAACCCAAACUACUGAUAUCAGCCUGGAUAUUAGACCUUUGGGGUCUGCAGAACAGACACAUAUAACAUACCAAAUCGCUGCUCCUGAAAUCAACCCAGAUUCAGACUUGUUUACACCCAGCACAUAUGUCAUGCAGACCACGCUUGGUCCACAGCCUACUUUUCAUUCCGUGACAAGGCCAGACAUUGCAAAGUGGGCUGAACUGAGCACUGUGGGGAGCACAACUUCAUAUGGAAGUCUUUUUCAAGAAAACCAAAGUCACACAACAGUCAGUAGCAAAGUAACUGAAACAAUUCAGAAGUCUGAGGGUGAUGAUGAUGAUAAUGUUGAUGAUGAUGAAGAAUUCAGCAUUUCUAAAAGCUUUGGAAAUGGGGUAAAGGUUUAUCAAGGAGAGGCCGACCACAACCCAAUAUUGACCACAGCUGUAGCCUUUGAAGAACAAAGCACCGAAAAAUAUGCUGAUGCACGCUCAUUUACUGAACCCACCACAACUGCAGCUCAGCAAGCUAGGCAGAACCUAGAAAGACCCACAACUCAAGAGAAACAUGGUAUUUCACAAAUUCCACUACUUACCACUACACCACCAACAAAUGAACCCAUUUCAGAAAAUAACAGGGGAAAGCACACUAUCUCAGCUAAUCCUGUGCCUUCCUCACGUGCUAGGAAUUCAUCCAGUUUGAGGCGGAAGAAUGGUGGCAGACGGAGGAGGCCUAAUAGAAACAAAACUAGAUCGAAAAGCUCUAAAUCGUCUGCACACGUCACAAAUGUCACACUGCAACCCACAACUUUAGCCUCAGUUUCUGAGGUCACUAAGACGACUCCCUCCUCUCAGUCUGAAAUAGAAACAUCUGCAGGGGCCAUGAGCACUGGAGCCAAGGUGGAUACCACUGUUCCAUUUACUGACAGCCAAGCAACGUCACUAAGCAAAAUGACUCAUGAAAAGAACACAGUUCCUUUAUACAAGGACAGAAAUAACCUAUCCUCCAAUUCUUCACUCCAAGAGAAAGUGUCAGAAGCAAAGGAAACACCCUCAUCAUAUCCCAAACCACCUAAAAUAUCCAUGAGCACCACAACGAUAGCAGUGCCUCCAUCAAUAUCUUUAGGUUUUACAGGGCACAGAGAAACAGAGAUAAACAUAGAAACUAUUUCCACAUUACCCCCUCCAGUACACAAUGCUCUGUUCACAAAAGCCUACACAGAGGGGUUUACAAGCAUCCACCCUCCCACUGUUAAACUUUUUGAGGCACAAAAGGAAAGUGCUACAGGACACACAGCUGACACAUUCCCAGAGAGCCUUCCCGUGCAGCCGGCAGCGAUACCAGGUGUGGGUUCAGACAAAGCAGUGGAUCAAUUCACACCCAGUGAAGCUGAAAAUGUGCCUCCAUCCUCUGAACUUGUGAGGGACUUUCCUCUGAGUCCUUUCUCCUCAUCUGCCCCGAGUAACCACCAUGAAAUCACUAAAAGCCAUGACUCAGAAAUCCCUAGUGGCUCAAUGAAAGCAAACCUUUAUGAGAGCCCUCAGGUUACAACAGAGGGGCCUGCAAUUUCCCAAAGUCCUCAAGGAUCUGAGUUAACUGGCAUAACACAGCUUAGCCGUGCUUUAACAGAUGGAGAUCAUUCCAAAGAAGGUACAGCCAUACCUAGGAUGACCAUAGAAAAAAAAUUACCUCUAAAGCAAGAUGACAUUCCUAUCGUCACUCUAACGAAUGUUAAAACAACAUCAAUAACAACGGCACCAUCAUCACCUCCAACAAAAUCAUUUUCAGAAACAACAGCGCCACCACCAACAACAGCAAAGACAGUGAGACUAUCUCAAACUGAUCCACUUGUAUUUUUCCAAGAUAGGACUAGUAGUGAGGGGAAGACCGUGGUACCUGACAGUACCAAUUACAUACCUGACAGACACAAAGAAAGAAUUGCUGCAACAGAACAAAAGACUAUUAGCAGGCCUGCUAUAAACCCAACACCUGAUAGAAGCAGACCUCCUGUUUCUCAUUCUGCAGAUCAGUCAGAAGAUACUAAGCCAGAUACUGUGACUCACAUGAUUUUAAGCACCAAAGAGCCAAAAUCACAAAACACAGUUAAACAAGUUCCAACUGCUCCCCCAGAAUUUCCAGUAGCAUCCCGUCCAAGGGUAACCAUUCCUGGAAGGCCAAAUAGCGAGAAUAGAGGUGUAUCCACUGUCCACCAUGCCUUAUCUGGAGAAGUUCAGCAAACGCUUAUUGUCCCAGCUAGGAGAAGACAGCCAAAGAUUACCAGCACUGAUAUCAGCACAGUGACAGCUCAGGCUGAGUCGGAUGCCUAUCUGCCCUGUGUGACUGUAGGAGAUCCCAGUCCUUUCCUUUCCUGGACUAAAGUCUCUACAGGAGCCAGCAUUGCUCAGAACACCAGGAUCCAGCGGUUUGAAGUCCACCCUAAUGGCACGCUCAUAAUCCGCAAUGUCCUCCCUCUGGACCGAGGCCAGUACCUCUGUAGUGUCCAGAACCAGUAUGGAGAAGACAAGAAGACCGUCACUUUGGUAGUCUUAGCUGAACCGCCCAGAAUGUUACAGCCACGUUAUCGAGACACAGAUGCAUACCUAGGAGAUACUGUUGAAUUGGAGUGUCGUUCCCAAGGGCACCCUCCUCCUCGGACAACCUGGGUGCUCCCUGAUAGGGCAAUGGUUCAUAUGGAUGCUCCCUCACCUGGUACGCCAGAAAGACGUGUCACAGUCUCAGCUAACGGCACCCUUAGAAUUGUAUCUGCAACCUACACAGACCAUGGAGUUUACAAAUGCAUUGCUAGUAAUGCAGCGGGUGCUGAUACUAUUUCUGUUCGCCUGAUGGUUGCUGCUUUACCACCAGUUCUUCAACAGCUGAGACAUGAAAAUGUCAGUCUCCCAGAAGGCAUCACUGCCUACAUGAACUGCAGUGCCAGGGGUGCUCCUUCCCCUACAAUCAGCUGGACUACACCUCAUGGCCUGCAGCUCCGGCCUUCACAGUUUGUCAGUGUCCGCAAUCUCUUUGUUUUCCCAAAUGGGACCCUGUAUAUUCGUGGGGCGAGUCAGGCAGAUGCAGGGAAAUACGAAUGCACAGCUACCAAUGCGGUCGGGAGUUCAUCAAGAACUGUUAGGUUGACUGUGAAAAACACCAUUGCGUUAGCCAGAGCCAGGAUUACCUCCUCAUCUCCACAGAAGACAGAUGUUGCCUAUGGGGGAAGGCUGCAGCUGGACUGUGUUGCAUCUGGUGAUCCAGAGCCCAGGGUCAUCUGGAGGACUCCAUCCAAAAAGCUUGUGGAUGCUCAUUACAGCUAUGAUUCAAGGAUCAAGGUGUUCGCCAAUGGGUCACUUACCAUGCACUCAAUAACAGAGAAAGAUGAAGGUGAUUAUCUGUGUGUCGCACGUAACAAAAUAGGAGAUGAUUAUGUGCCCCUCAAAGUCAAUGUCCUGACAAAACCAGCCAAGAUUGAACAGAGGAACCAGGCUAAUCAGAAAGUGAUGUAUGGGCACGACUUGCAAGUCGAUUGUGUUGCAUCAGGUCUACCAAACCCAAAGAUCCAAUGGGCUCUGCCAGAUGGCACUAUGAUCAACAGCAUUGUGAAGACUGACAGCAGCCGUGGGGGACGCAGCCGCAGGUAUGUGGUUUUUGACAACGGCACCCUUUUCUUCAACGAAGUGGGGAUGCAUGAAGAAGGUGACUACACGUGCUAUGCUGAGAACCAGAUUGGAAAAGAUGAAAUGAAAGUACAUGUGAAAGUGGUGGCAGAUGUACCUGUGAUCCGAAAUAAAACCUAUGAGGUUUUCAGAGUCAUGUAUGGUAACUCAGUUUCAUUGAAGUGUAGAGCCAAAGGAGAGCCUAACCCUACGAUCCUGUGGUUCUCCCCAACCAAUAGAGCAAUUCCUUCAGCAUCAGAUAAGUAUGUGAUCCAUAAUGAUGGAACACUGGUCAUUCAGAAUGUGCAGCGCUUUGAUGGUGGCAACUACACUUGUCUAGCCAGGAACAGUGCAGGGCAAGAUCGCAAAGUGUCCAGGCUGGAAAUCUUGGUCUCACCUCCCGCUAUCAAUGGGUUGAGAGGUUCCACAAACUCUUUGAGAGUAUCAGCAGUGAAGGAUCAACAAACAUUCAUUCACUGUGAGGCUACAGGCAUCCCUGUUCCUCGUGUGAUGUGGGUUCUCCCAGAGAACGUGGUUCUUCCAUCACCGUACUAUGGAAGCCGGAUGACAGUUCACCGAAAUGGAACUCUUGAUAUACGUUCAUUGAGGGUAACUGAUGCAGCCCAGUUAACCUGUAUUGCUCGUAAUGAAGGUGGAGAAGCAAGGCUUGUUGUUCAUCUUGAUGUAACAGACAUUGCAGAGAAACCAAGGCUCAGGAGUCCCAAAACAGAAUCUCUCACUCUAACUGUAGGCAGGAGCAUGACCUUAAACUGUUCUUUUGAGGGUUCCCCAGCCCCACAAAUAACAUGGAUACUUCCUAGUGGUGCUCCAAUAACGACUGGCUCCCAAUUUAACAAGUUCCUCCACAAGUCUGAUGGAACCUUGGUAAUUAACAACCCUGCUCUGUCAGAAGCAGGAACUUACCGCUGCUUAGGGCGCAAUGGUGGUGGAGUGGUUGAGAGGACUGUUGUACUGAUGGCAGGGCGAAAACCAGAGAUCAACAACAAGUACAACUCACCUAUUAAUGUUGUAAAUGGUGAGAGCCUGCAAUUGCACUGUCUGUCUACUAGUGACCCUGUCCGCCUUACCUGGACCCUACCCAGUGGAGUAGUUCUCAACCGACCUCAGCGGGCAGGCCGGUAUGCCGUUCUACCAAAUGGAACACUUUCCAUCCACCAGGCUUCUGUCUAUGACAGGGGCUCUUACACUUGCCGUGCUGCUAACGAGUAUGGAAGCUCCUUGCUUACAAUCCCAGUCAUUAUAAUUGCAUAUCCACCACGGAUCACCAGUGGCCCUGCUGCUUCCACAUAUGCCAGAAGAGGAGUAGCUAUUCAGUUGAAUUGUGUAGCUGUUGGCAUCCCAAAGGCAGAGGUGGCAUGGGAGACUCCAGACAGAACACGGUUAGUCAUCAGUCAUCAGCCACGGAUGUUUGGAAACAAGUACUUGCACCCUCAGGGCUCCCUUAUCAUCCAGAACCCCAUGCCGAAGGACGCCGGUUUCUACAGGUGCACAGCCAGAAAUGUGAUGGGGGUUGACUCAAAGGGUACAUACCUUCAUGUGUACUAAAUAACAAUAAAUUUGGUUUAUUCAUUACAUGCCCAAGGAACUGCGAUGUUAUGCUAAGCCAUAGCCUUAUUUCUAAACUGUCAAUGUGAACAUGGCUUGCUAUAAUUCUAUAUUUUUACUGUUGAUUGAAAGUCUUAGCAUUAAUUUGGCUGAACUAUUGUGUCAGUCUCUACAAAUAACCAAAGAGCAAAGAGGUGCUAUUUACCCUUAAUACUAGUGUGAUUCAUGUAAAUAAUGCAAACUUUUGAUAUUUUAAAACAUCCUCGUUUUAACUUUUACAGACAAUGACAGUUUGUCAAAUUGUAUAGAUGAGAAAGACUAUAUAUUUUUUAUUUAAUCAUGGAAAAUAAUCUGAGGAUAUUAUUGACAUCUUCUAUGGCAGUCUAUUGCAGAAUUGUUUCAGGGAUAUUAGCCUAGACAGCUACAUUGGUAAUGUAUUUGAAUUUUAAUUGGGUGUAGAAAAAUUGUUUUGAGCUUAUUUCACAUAGCGCUUUUGAACAUAUAACCUUUGCUUGUUCCAUUACACUUAAAGCUGUAAACUAACAUUAACUUGUUAGUCUUGAUUACUGUGCCUAGAUCAGGCAUGUCACUAAUUGUAAUAAUAAACAUGGAAUAGCAAACAUAUUCUAACCAUAGUAGAGGAGCUUACUAGAGGUCUGCACUGGCAUGGAAUUGAAGUCCUGUGUUUUUGUAUGGCCCCAUUGCAGUUGGGUCCAGUGGCAGACCUCUAGGGUGCUUACUAAAAUUUCACCUCAUUACAUACUGUAACAUUGCAUGUAAAGGCUGAUGUACACUUCUGCAAUGAUGCACAUGAAUGCAUCUGUGUCAAGGCACACUGCAUGGUAACUCAAAGAGGUCAUAAAGCACAUCACCAGGAUGUCAACCAUGUGUCAGGUGAGUCUGCAGAGCUGUGCAUCAGGCAAAUGCUGAUUGGUUAUACCACAUACUCUACUUAAAGCAGAACUAGAAAGUCAAGUGAAGUAGCUUGAAGAUUGGCUGGUAGAAGAGGUGCAACGUUACAAACAUUUCUAUGGCUCAUCUUUAAAAUAUUCCAAAUGAUAUAAAGCAAAUAAUAAUUACAGAGGAGAAACUUGUGGUUCAGACACUUGUGUGAACAUGUACCAAUGCAGAGGUAUGAUUCGGCCUUAGGAUUGUUUUAUAUAUGAUGCUAACAUUUUCACAAAGAAACUGUUUGAGCAGAAUCGUUUGUGGUUGUUUAGGCUGCAUAUACUGCUUUCAUGUCCAUGGAACUCCCUAAGGAGGCCUAUUUUUGUAUUCCAUGCUCUUGAUUUAACUUAUUUGUCUUUUGAAGACGUGUAUUGAGAUGUAUUGCUAUUU